AUGUUAUUGUGGUGGUUAUUGAAUCUUAUGAUAAUUAUUCCUGGAAUCGAUAUGCUACCUUACCGGACAGACAACAAGUAUGUAAACAACUUCCAAGAUUAUGACAGCAACAACAACAACCUUGAUGGGUAUUGGGAUGAGAUAACACCCAAUUCUCAAAUGGACAAUAUGAGAAAUAAAUAUAAGACAAACAACUUACAAUACUUAUAUACAGCGCCAGAUUAUUCUAGUUCGGUUGUGGCCAGUUCUUUCAAACCAAUGAAUGAAGAUAUAGUACAACAAAGUCAACAGAGAGUACCGUAUAAUGUGGGUGAAAUGGAAGAAAUGGAUGGAGCGGAUACACUAA